GUUUUCAGCAGGUUCCUCACUUGCUUUGGUCCUGGUGUCACAUCAGUUGUAUUCUCUUCAGACAAAUUCAUUUCUACAGGGACUCAGAAACAUGAAAUGGAUGACGUGGUGGCUACUCUGUUGGCUGUUCCAGUCUUUUGACAUAAAUCAAACUAAACCGGAACAAAGCAUUGGCGAGUGUUGUGAGUCAAACCAGCAGUCCCCCAGGCCCAAACAAAGUCAUGCCCAAUUUUGUACGGUUGAAGUAAACAACAUUUUCAAUCAAAAACAGACUAAAAAAGGCUAUCACAACAAGGGAAAAGACAAUGACACUAUCAGAGCUGUGAAGUGCCUAGAACAAGUUCUAGAGGAAACAGAGGUGAAUGAGACUGCGCUCAUUUCUGCUGGCCAUUUGGUGGCCCUCCUGCACAAACCCCAAAGACCCUUCAGAGGCCUCAACAUACACGCUAGUAAGAGUAAGGCAAUGUUAGACAAGACUUUCACCAACAGCACAGUGAGCGUUCAACUGCCGGGAGAGUUGAAUGUUGGAUGGAACAACACGAUUGUGUUCUGCAUGAUUACCUCACCUGAAACUAAUUGGACCACAUGGGGAGCCUCAGAUCUGUAUGAGGGCAGACUGGUUGGACUGAGUGUGCGCGGCAAGAACAUUACAGGACUACAGGAGCGCGUCAACAUCACCAUGACUCUUACUAUGGGCAUAAAUGAGACCCAAAAACCCACUUGUGAGUUCUUCAAUUUUACAAUAAGAAACUUCAGCAGUAAUGGCUGUCUUACCCUGUGGGAACGUGAUGAAAGUCAAAUCACCUGCUCCUGUGACCACCUCACAUACUUUGGUGUGCUCCUGGUAGAUGCUAUCCUCCCUCCUACUGACCUGAAGAUUCUGACACUCAUCACUCAGAUUGGCUGUAGUCUUUCUCUUUUUGCCCUGGUCAUCACUGUUCUGCUCUUCAUCUCGAACAGAAAGAUCAGAGCAGAUGUCUCUAUGAGGGUCCACAUCAACCUCACCAUUGCCCUGAUUCUCCUCAACCUGCACUUCCUCCCAAGUCAGUCGGUGGCAGCACAGUCCUCCUCUGGGCUUUGCAUUUACAUGGCCCUUGCUCUUCACUAUUCCCUGCUGGCCACUUUCAGCUGGAUGGCCCUGGAAGGGUUCCACAUCUACCUUCUCCUUGUCAGAGUCUUCAACAUCUAUGUCAGGAGAUACUUGCUCAAACUCAGCUUGGUGGGAUGGGGUAUCCCUGCAGUCAUCGUGUCCCUGGUGGUGAUCAUAGACAGAGGCACGUAUGGACGUGUCUUUCUGGACUUGUCUAACUCCAACAGCAAUGCAAUAUGCUAUAUAGUCAAUAACACAGUGAAGAUGGUGACUACAGUGGGAGUGUUCUGCUUGGUGUUCGCCUUUAACAUAAUCAUGUUAGGGGUGACAGUCCGACGUGUGGUGAGCUUCCGCCAGCGCAAAGAGUUUGGGCAGAGUGACAGUGACAGAGCCAAGCGGGACAUCUGUACCCUGCUGGGAGUCACCAUUCUGCUUGGCAUUACCUGGGGCCUGGUCUUCUUCUCAUUUGGCUACCUGACCAUUCCUGGCCUCUACGUCUUCUGCAUCCUGAACUCACUGCAAGGUUUCUUCAUCUUCCUGUGGUUUUUGAUGUCUUUGAGAAAGACUGGAAACUCUGUAAAGACGAGUAGAGAAACACCUAGCACCAACAGCUAAGUCUUGUAUCUGUGUAUGUUGGGAUGAUUUAUUAUUGGAUUUAUUAUAUGGAUUU